UGGUAGUGCUGACACUGAUGGCACGGUGAGCGCUGCUCCCGCAUCCCGGGCCGUGCGUGACACACGAGGCAGCGGCUGGGAGAUGGGGCAGUGGAGCUGCAGCACUGAGUCAUGAGGAGGAGGAGGGAGCCGCUGUGCACACAUCCAGCGCCCUGCUGCAGAGCCCGGCUCCACCGCUGCAGCAGCUCCGCAAGCUUGUCUUGAAGAUUUUCAUGGGGUUUGAUUGAAAGAGAGACAUGUAACAGCAGCGAUAUUUCCACUGCAACCCCCACGAAAUCCAUGUGACUGGAGAACUCUGAGGAACGCGUCUUAGUCAUCAUGCACAUUGUGCUGCUCUGCUGAAAUGAACAUGAUGAAAACAGAAGCCUCAGGAGAGCGUUCGAACCUGAGGAGCGCCUCACCCCACAGGAAUGCCUACAGGACGGAGUUUCAGGCCCUCAAAAGCACCUUCGACAAACCAAAAGCCGAUGGGGAGGACAAACCGAAAGAUGAGAGCGAUGUACCUCAGACCCAGCAGACGAGGGGACGGCGGUAUGGGUCCAACGUCAACCGGAUCAAAAACCUAUUCAUGCAGAUGGGCAUGGAGCCCAACGAAAAUAAUGGCGUCCCAACAAGGAAGUCGAAAGCUAUGCCAUCAUCUCCUCAGAGGAGAUCAAAGCCCAGAGAGUAUUUGGAAAAGAAGGAAGUGACGGACGUAAAACACAAGACCACCCUCUCGGAAAGGAUCAGUCGCUUCGACACCUUGGAUGGACCUUCUUACGCUAAGUUUACAGAAACCAGGAAGAUGUUUGAACACAGCACUCAAGAGUCCGGGAUGAGCGGCCGCUAUAAUUCCAGGAAGGAUAGACGAGGAUCUGGAGACCUAGAUGAGGGGCGUUCAAAUAAGUCCAACAGGGGGAGCAGCGAUUCUUUGGACAGCUUGAGUUCCAGGACGGAAGCUUUGUCCCCAACCGUGAGCCAACUUAGCGCUGUGUUUGAGAACAGUGACUCUCCGAGCCCUACUGCUAUGGAGAAAAAUGAAAACAGCGAAGGGUAUUCGGUAAUGGGACACUAUCCGCUCAACAUCACACCUGCUGUGGUGGAAUUAGAAGGUUACGGGCAAAAUAAAGACUCAAAUUCUUGGUCUCCGUCGACUGAAACGGACACGGAUACAUGUGUGGAGAACACGCAUCAAAGGAACGUGGCGGCAUCACGAGAAGAUGGGCUCGUCUCCCCCAUAGAGUCCAAAAGAGAAAAGAGCGUGGGCUGUAGCACCUCCAACGACGACAUGCUGGCCAAGAACGGCGCCGCCGACGAUGCGAGGCACAUGGGGGAAAAAACAGAGCACGUAGCGCAACACAAUAACCUGUCGGAAGAGUCCGUGAACGCUUUUGAUAGGACUAAAUCCGGGGAAUCUCCAACAUCCAUGGAAAACGACGACAGCUUUUUGACCAGUCGUAACCACGGAGCUCCUACUUCUCUCAACGUCGGGACGAGUAUGAGCGGUGACUUGAAUUGUCUGUCUACUGUCCAGUCCUACGAACACUCCGACUAUAACGUGUACAGAGUGCGCUCUCGGUUUAGCACGGACUGGGAGGAGACAGAACCCGGGGAUGACGAUGAUAGCGACGAAAAUAAGUCUUACGAGCCUGACAUGGAACAUUAUGAGGUACCGGGAUUGCCAGAAGAAGACGAAGUUCCCACUCAGAGGAAAAUAAAAUUUAGUAAAGCACCUAUCAAAGUGUUCAACACAUAUUCAAAUGAAGAUUACGACAGGCGGAAUGAUGAAGUCGACCCGGUAGCUGCUUCCGCAGAGUACGAGCUGGAGAAGCGAGUGGAGAAGCUGGAUUUAUUCCCGGUGGAUCUGGAGAAAGAUGAAGAAGGCCUUGGCGUCAGUAUCAUUGGAAUGGGGGUUGGAGCCGACACAGGUCUGGAGAAACUUGGAAUAUUUGUUAAAACUGUCACAGAAGGAGGAGCUGCCCAAAGAGAUGGAAGGAUCCUUGUCAACGAUCAGAUCUUAGAAGUAGAUGGAAUCAGUCUGGUUGGCGUCACCCAAAAUUUUGCAGCCACGGUUCUCCGAAACACCAAAGGAAAAGUCAGGUUUAUUAUAGGACGUGAGAAACCAGGACAAAUUAGUGAGGUCGCCCAGUUGAUCAGUCAAACUUUGGAGCAGGAGCGUCGUCAGAGGGAGAUGCUUGAACAGCACUAUGCGCAGUAUGAUGCAGAUGACGAUGAGACUGGAGAAUACGCCACUGAUGAGGAGGAUGAAGAUGUGGGGCCAGUCAUCCCAGGAAGAGAAAUGGCCAUUGAGGUUUUUGAUCUUCCAGAAGGCGAUGAAGUGUUUUCUUCAGACCUGGAUGCAACAAAACUAGCUCACAAAUUUAAAGAGCUGCAGAUUAAGCAUGCCGUCACCGAAGCUGAAAUCCAGAAGCUGAAAACAAAGCUGAAAGCGGCAGAGAAUGAGAAAGUGAGGUGGGAACUGGAAAAGACUCAGCUGCAGCAAAACAUCGAGGAGAACAAAGAUAGGAUGAUGAAGCUGGAAAGUUACUGGAUCGAGGCUCAGACUUUGUGUCAUACAGUCAACGAGCACCUGAAAGAGACUCAGAGUCAGUACCAGGCUCUGGAGAAGAAGUACAACAAGGCCAAGAAGUUAAUCAAGGAUUUCCAACAAAAGGAGGUUGACUUCAUGAAACGGCAAGAAGUCGAGAAGAAGAAAAUCGAAGACAUGGAAAAAGUUCAUCUUGCAGAAGUUCAAAACUUGCAGUCACGUAUCAGGGACCUGGAAGCAGAGGUGUUUCGGCUUCUGAAGCAAAACGGCAGCCAAGUGAACAACAACAACAACAUUUUUGAAAGUAGGACAUGCGACGACUCAAGCGGCGUUUCCGCUGAGGAACUGGGUGAAACUCAAGACCCGAACUUGGAUGGCUUGAAGGAAGUUUCAGAAGGAGCAGCGAAAAGUGCGGACCACGAUGAUGUGUUUGGCUUUAAUGAAGCUAUCCCUGAAACAGAAAGGCUGGAUUCCAAAGUACUAAAAACUCGUGCACAUCUGAUAGUAAAGAACAAAAGACAUAGACCUUCCAGAGCAAGGUUAGGAGACAGCAUUAGCUCUACUGACGGAGAGGACAGCAUUGAGAGGAAGAACAUGACGCUGAGUGAUGACUUCAGUCCCAGCAGUGCCAGUUCGGUGGACUUGAGCGGACCUGUGGUUGAAGCGAAGUUUGCAGAGCGAUCCCACUCCUUAGCGCUGUCCUCAGAUGAGAGCCUGGAUAUGAUAGAUGAUGAGAUUCUAGAUGAAGGACAGUCUCCCAAACAUAGUCAUUGGCAAAGCCGUACUCCCUUAGAAUGGACCACCCAACAAGUGACCAACUGGCUAAUGACUCUUAACUUAGAGCACUGUGUUUCUGAAUUCACGGCCCACAAUGUGAAUGGUGAGCAGCUUCUCCAGAUGGACAGCUUAAGGCUUAAGGCCCUUGGGGUAAAUUCCCAAGACAGAACCAUCAUUAGAAGAAAAAUCAAGGACAUGAAAGUGACAAUAGAAAAAGUCCGAAAAGCCAAUGAAAAGAUGGGGAAGCAAAAGGAGAGGCUCCAGAAGAAGGAGCAGCACCAGCAGCUAGAAAGGGUUCGACACGAGAACGCAUCAGAAGAUGCCGCCCAGAGCCCCCAAUGAGCCAUAACCUCUGGACUAUGAGUGUAAAUGGGACAUUUCUAUGACAAGAGUCUAAUUUUUACUGUAUCCAGAGGCAUAACCAUGCUGGUGCGGGGCAGGCGGACAACUUCCUAACAUCUUCUCAUUUUCAUUCUGGUAUUGUAUUGGUCAAUCAUCGCUCCUCAGCCAAAGCUUCCAUCAUUAUGAAGACUGCAGGAACCCCCGAAGCAUCACCCUUUCCCUCUCAUGGCCACAGAAACAAAUCUGUAUAGUUUAGGCGUUGUUGCCUGAAUAAGCACUAACAUAACCUGGAUCAUAACUCUUAUAUGUUGAGAUGUAGGGCCUGUCACUCGCAGGCCAAUAUUUUACUGCUUAAUUGCCUUUUUAGGACCAAAACUUUAUUUUUUUUUACCUAAAUCUCCAAAUCGCCUUCAAUCCUAGAAUUAAAGAAUACCAUUCUGUCUGCCUGAAGUCACCACUAGAGGGAGCUCACUGCAUACUGUUUAUACAUUGAACUCAAUAAUAACACUGUAUGCAGUAUGCUCCCCCUAGUGGUGACUGCAGGUAAAAGGGAAUGUCAUCUUUGAAAUCUGUGAGUAUGCAGGGGAUUUGGAGCUGUGAAUCAGAAGAACAAGCCUUUGACUGUUGUAAAGAUAUACAGUAAUGAAAGCUCAUUGAAGCUGGCCAUAGACAUGUGGUGACAGCUGGAUGAAGGCUGUUUCCACCCCUGUUCCUGACCCUUUUGCAUGUUUUUUUUCUGCAUGGGGAGCGGUAAAAACCUUAACAGAAACAAUUGAAAAAAAAUCCAUGGCCGAUCCUUUUUAUCCUUCGAUAAUCCAGGUUCUGUCGGCACACACAGACUUAUGUCCUCAGCAGAACCUACUAAAAUAAAUGUCUAUGGCCAACUUUAGCGGUUCCUUAUCUACCUAGUAUUAAGUGACAGGCCCACUUGUAUUACCGUCAUAUAGACUCAUUUGUCUGUCAACAUUUUGCAGUAUUCUGAAAUUACCAGAUGUAUUGGGUAUAUCUAUCAUUUUCUUAUAUGCAGUAAAACCGGAAAAUAUAUUGAGCGAUAUUUACAAAGAAGGUGUUAAAGGGGUUAUCUCAUGAUUAAUGUAAAAAAUGAAAAUUAGACGUCCUAUAGUAUAUGACAAUACCUUUCUAACAAGGCUAGAACCAGCCCCGUACCUCACAUGGAUCCUGAGAUCUCCUCAUUCACUGCUCUGUUAGAUUCUCUUGAGGAUCUCUAUAUCACAUCUCAUGGGUUGUGUCCAUUCUUCUGCAGCUCUCUUCAUAUAACAGCUCAGAGGUUGUGUACCUUCUGCUGCAGCUCGCGCCCUAUCACAGCUCAGAGGUUGUGUACCUUCUGCUGCAGCUCGCUCCCUAUCACAACUCAGAGGUUGUGUACUUUCUGCUGCAGGUCACUCCCUAUCACAGCUCAGAGGUUGUGUACCUUCUGCUGCAGCUCGCUCCCUAUCACAGCUCAGAGGUUGUGUACUUUCUGCUGCAGGUCACUCCAUAUCACAGCUCAGAGGUUGUGUACCUUCUGCUGCAGGUCACUCCCUAUCACAGCUCAGAGGUUGUGUACCUUCUGCUGCAGGUCACUCCCUAUCACAGCUCAGAGGUUGUGUACUUUCUGCUGCAGGUCACUCCCUAUCACAGCUCAGAGGUUGUGUACUUUCUGCUGCAGGUCACUCCCUAUCACAGCUCAGAGGUUGUG